CUUUCUCAGAAUAAAGUUUUUUAAUGCAUUAAAUAAAAUUCAUUGGAUUACGAAGGAAACCAAUAUGUUGAAAUAGAGUUGUAAAGAUAUUCGAAAAGUAAACCUUCACAAAUCCCGGAUAAAGAGCCCCUGGACCGGAUGGCCUCUGAGGACCCUUCCGACUCAUCAUCUGUGAUAUCAGCAGAAAUUCUUAACCUGAGGACUUCGAACUUGUCUUGUUUAGUAUUGCGGUAACUGUUUCAGUGUAAAUGGUUUCCACUGUAAUAUUAUAGAUUUUAUUUUAUGUAUUUAAAAACUAGUGAGAAGGGAUCCAUAGGCUUCACUAAACUGCCAAAGGAGUCCGUAAAAAAAAAGUUAAAAAAGAGCCCAAGAACCCCAGCAAGAUAUUUCCUGAUUUCAUAUUACACACUCAUAGGCUUCAGACAAACGGGCUGUUAAAACCUACAAAUCCCUGUAAGGCCAUUUUAUUUCCUACCUUUUGCCUUUAAACUGGAGGAUUGUCAUAUCUGGAAUGUACUUCCUUUUUAUUUGACCUUGUUGAAUCUCUAGCUUCCUUCAAAACUCAGUUCAAGCACCCAUUCCUACUUGAAAUUCGUACUAAUUACUCCAGUUUCUAGUGACCCAAGAAAAAGCCACUGGAGCCACUCCACAAAUUACUUUGUAUAUAAUUGUUUUGUAUUUUAUAUUUAAUUUUUGGUGUGCAACAAGGAUUUUAAAAAAUAUAUAGAAUAUAAGCACUUCGAAGGCUAGAACUCUUCCUUUUUAUGUCUUUGUAACCCCUUGCCUAAUAAAGUGCCUGAAGCAUUUUAAGGUCCUUGUUGAAUUAAACAAUUAAGGUCCUUGUUGAAUUAAAUAAACUAUUUGACUGGAGUCAAUGAAUCCUAAACUAGGAAUCCCUUAGGGAUUCCUUGGGAACAUACAGGUCCUGCUUUACGGGAUUGUUGUGAAGAUGGAAAGAAGUAAUGUUUGCAAAAUACUUUGCUAACUUCAAAGUACUAUGUUGAGUGAAAAGAGGAACAAUGACUACUCCGAUUAUGGCUUCUGCAAUCAUUGAAAAAGAAAGACAAAAGUUAGUUAAAAUUCUGCAGCAAGAUCCUGAUUCUUUGUUAGAUACAUUAGCUUCUCAGAGCCUAAUUUCUGAAGAGGAGUAUGAGAUCUUGGAGACUGUCACAGACCCACUGAAGAAAAGUAGGAAGAUGUUAAUUCUGAUACAGAAAAAGGGAGAGAAAAGCUGUCAGCAGUUCCUUGAGUGUUUACAUAGUGCUUUUCCCAACUCAGCAACCAGUUGGUGGUCUGUCCUUGAAUUUGUUAAACAAGAGAAAGCAGAAACUACUAUAUUCAUGGAAGAGAACAAGAAUUCAAAAGUUACUCUACUCUCUGAAAAUAAACAGUGCAAGAACGCUGAUGUCUUUAUGUAUUUAGAAGAGGAGAGCCAAGAUCUAAAACCUACUGGGCCUUUGGGGAACAAGGGAGUUAGUAAUUCAGCAGUCAUUUUGUUCUCCAGAGAGGAGGAAGAGGAAGGAGAUGAACUGGAAGACACAGUGUAUUCAGAGGAUGAAGAGUCCUAUGAAAACCCAGAAGCUGUUGUGUACUCAGGCGAAGAAUGGGAAGGUGAGAGUCCAGAUGCUGAUUUAUACUUAAGAGAAAUGGAUAAUCUAGAACCUGUGGCAUAUGUUGAAGAUCCAGAAUCAGCAGAGGAAGAAGCCUGUGUGGAUGUGGAGUACACCGAAUACUGUGGGGAAAAUGACAUGAUCGGGUACUUGGAUGAUGAACAGAGAUAUGAGAAUUUAGAGACUGAAGUGUCUGUGGAGGAGGAGGACGCAGCAGAUUUAGAAGAGAGAAGAAAAACCUUUAAAGAAAUCCUGUCAUGUUUGGCAAUGGACAGGAAUAAAAAGCUUCUACCAAGUUUUGUUCAUCAGUUCCACUUGGACCAUGGAUGUCAUUGGAUCCCUCAGACAUCAGCCGACUUAGCCUGGAAUUUCCUAGUGAAAAUUCAGUCCUUGGAUGUGACUGCCAGAGAUACAGUCCUCAGCCAGAGAGUCACAGAUGAGGAUAGCAAAGAUGGACUGAUCACUAAGGUUGAAAAUAUGGGUCUUAGAGACAAAGAGACCAUUGAUCCCCUUGAUGUCCUUUGUGCUAUCAUGCUUUGUUCUGACACCUCUUUGCAGCAGGAGGUCUUGGGGAACAUGUUUAAGUGUCACUUUGCCCUUCCCUUGCUGCUACCAGAUGCAGAGAACAGUAAGUGUAUUUUGAUGCUGGGGGCCAUGAAGAACAUUGUGCCAAAGGACUCAAUACAUUACCUAGGAGGUGCUGCUCAGGUUGGUGUAGAGUCUCUAGUGUUUAUGAAAAUGCCACUUAUCUCUUUUGUUCGACUGGGGUGCUGUGGUUCAUCUAAAUCAAAGAUCCUUAAUGCAGUGCUCAGCCCUCCCCAAAAGCAGCCUCUCCACAUCUUUCUUCACCGAGACUCCCAUGCCUCAUUAUUUCCUCGGCAAAUCUCUGAUGGCAUGGUUGAAAUUACUUGGUAUUUCCCUAACAGUGGUGGUGGUAAGGAAACUCCUGACAUUUUCCAAGAGCCUGUGGCUGUGGCCAACCUUAGGGGAGAUCUGGAGUUAUUCUGGACACAGUUUGGCUUUUUAAUGGAGGUCUCCUCAGCUAUGUUCAUUUUUAUUGACUGUCCAGGUGAGAGGGAGUGGGACCUACUAGCAUUUCUAGGAAAAUCUGUUAAGGAAAGAUGCUACUUCAUUUUAAGUCCCCAGUCUAAAGAGAGUGAGGAAGCCCAACUAUUCCAGAGAGUUCUGAAACUGAAGCCAUCACAACUACUGCUUCUAGAGGAGAGUGAUAGGGAGGAUAGAGGAAGGUCUGCAGAGGGCCUCCAAAUAGCUCUGAAGGAGGUAAUGCGCUCUCCUCUUAGACAUGUGUCAGUGGAAGAUAUGGCAUCGUUGGCCAGAGAGUUGGGGAUCCAGGUGGAUCAGGACUGUGAGAAAGCCCACGGUGUCCAAGGAACCCUUAGUGAAGCCACAACUGAAGCAGGUGAGGAUGAAGUACUCCAGAGCCAUACUUAUGCCACACAUCUACCAGGAAGCCAGUGUCAAAUGGCUGCAAGAGAGACUAGGAUUUUUAGGGGAGUCCACCCCCAACCUCAUGCUUUCUACCACACUCCAUCAUUUACCUCUGGCCCAUGGGCUUGGAGGCACCCAUUGACCAUAAUGAAGGGUAAUCUUUACCAGGCUCGUCUGAGACCAAACUGGGCCAUGGGCUCCAAUGUGUGGCCAGGGGUUAGGCCCAGAUGGUUAAACCCUCUGGCCUUUCACAAUAGAAGGGCCAAUACACAAGGCAGAAGUCCUGGUAGAGGGGCUUGCAAACCUCAGAGAAUUCAUCAAGCUGCACCAUUAGUGAAAUCCUCUAGAUCUCCCCCGGUACAGUAUUUGGUAAGACCACCCAGACUCAUUUCUCAAACUGUACAGGCCUCAUACCAGGGAUCUCAGUCAAAAAGUUUAGGACCCAGUAGAUUCACCUCCCAGGCAGGUCAAUUGCAAACCCUAGGACCACAGCCAUCAGGAACAUCUAUUCUACCUAUUAGACCAAAUUUCCAUUCAGGAUGGUUCUGGAACCCAAGAUUCCAACAUGUAGGAGUGACCAAGGAACCUAUGAGACAAGCAUCAAGUUCAAGACAAUACCAGACUGCAGAAGCACAGUCUACAGAAACAUGUAGGAGGCCAGCCUCCCAAUCACAGGGAUUGAAACUAGGAAGAACAUCUGGGACCCAGAGAUCUCAGCCAUCAGAAGCAGCUGGGCAGCCAGUGAAAUUGUCCUGUCAUAAAGGAAGCACCGUACCCCACGCACCUCAACCAGCCAGAACUGGGAGGCCUUUAAGAUCUGCCUGUCAGCCAGGUGCAAAUAAACAAUACCAGGGUCAGUACACAAAACCUGCUUCCCAAACAGGACACUCAUCCAAUUAUAAUAAUAAACCGUCACCCAAGUCUCACUCCAAGCCUCCUCAAAAUAAGCCAUCCACCUCCACAGGAGGAGCCAAGAGGAGAGGAAAGUAAUAAAAUACCUAUUCCAGAAUCUAGUGAGUCUGAUUAUCAAGAGGCAGCUAACCAGUGCAGUGGAUUGAAUGCUGGACCUAGAGUCAGGAAAACCUGAGUUCAAAUAUCACUUUAGAUGUUUGCUUGCUAUGAGACCCUAGACUUCAUCGCUAUUUGCCUCAGUUUUCUCAUUCGUAAAAUGGGAAUAAUACUAGAAGUUACCUCCCAGGGUUAUUGGGAGGAUAAA